AUGCCUGUCACUGCUGUAGCUGACAAUUUGAACAGGGGAGUCCCUUUCGAAUCUCUGCUGCCUUAUGCAAUCUGCUUGGGUUUCUUCGGAUUCACCGGCGCAGCCCUUUCAAAGCUCAGAAAUAUGCAAAAUGGCGGGAAAAGACAAAGACGAGGCAUUGACCGAUGGGACAAGCAGAUGAUGGACCGCGACCGAAGACUUACUGGUUUCUUGAGAGGACAAACCGACAAUGUGAAUGCACCAGCAGGCUUUGAGCUCAACGCUCCGUGGCGCAUCGAGAAAGGCAUUUCAUAG